GGCACCUAAAGGGUGGAAACAGUGGGCUAACAAAUCCAACAGUCAAGCUGAGCCGCAUUUUGCCUCUGCUCCGACCUUGUGAAGUGCUCACAAGCACACAAACAUGGUUGGAAUAUCUGUGUCCAGUUUUUCCUUUCUAUUCAUCCAUUAUGCCAUCAUGUGGACAAGUUCUGCCGCCAGACUUGGACAACAACGGACAAUUCCGAAGGCAUGUGCAAAAGGAUUCUUCCUCAGUGAGCAAGAUGUGUGUUUACCAUGCAACUGCAAAGGGAAUGCAGAGAACUGUGAGGACAUCACUGGUGUUUGCAUAGACUGCAAGAACCACAGUACUGGUAACUUCUGUGAAAUGUGUGAGGAGGGAUACAUACUAGUCCCUGGUGGACGACCACUUUGCCAGCCCUGUUCUUGUCCACUUUCUAUUGCUUCCAAUAACUUUGCAGUGCAUUGUGACAAAGGAAGUGGACUUCUGCGAUGCAAGUGCCAAAAGGGCUACGCUGGACAUUUCUGUGAGAGGUGUGCUCCAGGGUACUAUGGCAACCCUAUGUCUGUCGGCAAUUCUUGCAAAAGAUGUGACUGCAACGGCAACUCUGAUCCAAACCUCAUCUUCAACGAGUGCCACAAUGUGACUGGACACUGUGAGCACUGCUGGGGAAACACUGCUGGGCCCAACUGUGAGAGGUGUGCGCCAGGUUUCUACGGCGAUGCCAUCAGCGCCAAAAACUGCAGAGAGUGCAAGUGCAACAAAUGUGGGACUUCUUCAUGCGACGACAGGACAGGGGUUUGCCACUGCAAACCAGGUGCCACAGGACUGCUGUGCGACCAGUGUGAGGAAGGAUAUUCAGGUUUCUCCAGCUGUCAGGGCUGUCGGAGGUGUGAAUGUGCUGCUGCUUCCCUUCGCUCCACCUGUCAUCCACUAACCCACAAUUGCCCAUGCCGUCCUGGGGCUGGAGGCCGGUAUUGUGAGCGCUGUCUUCCAGGCCACUGGGACUACAGCCCUGCUGGCUGCCUCAAGUGUCAGUGUGAGAGUGGCCACUGUGACAUGCACACUGGAGAGUGCCUGCUGGAGUCAGCUACAGUCAGCCUCUGUAACACCACCUGUAAUGAAUGCUUUUGGAUUCUGAUCGGAGACAUGCGAGUGUCGAAUAAGACUCUUGACAAUCUAAGAGUCGGGAUGCUGAACAUCUCCACUGGAGCUGCUGCUAACGACAGACUCAAAUAUUACAACUACACUGCUCACAGGCUGCAGAUUCAGUUUCAUGGCUGGCGAAAUGCAUCAAGUUCCAUGAAGUUGGAAACCUCAAGACUGGAGGAGGCCAUAGAGGUUACUGGGUCCAACAUCCAACAGCUGGGAACAUCGGAGAUGGUCCUGAAGGCACUGCACCAGCAAGUGGAUGACAAGGCACGUCAGACAUUCACCAUGGCAGAGCAACUCACCACCAACCUCACAAAACUGAAUAUGCAGAUCGAAGAGAUGAUCCAUGACUGGGAACUGUACCGAGAGCAGCCAGAUGUGGAUCCCGAAAUCGUCCAACAGAACACUGACAUCGCCCAUGAAAAGGUGAAGAGGAUGAAGACGCUGGACUUAUCUCGCCAAGAGCCCAUGACCACUAAUGAAGCAGCUGAAGCCCACGACUUGCUGAGGAGUGUCCGACACUUGGAAAAAAAGCUAAUGAUUACUGCAGGCCGUCUGCUGCCAAGCCAGGAGGUUCUGUCCCGUUUCACCAGCAAGCUGACAGAGGCUCAGAUGUUCCUUCAUACAGCAGCCAGGAAGAUCCAGGAAAAUCUCGACCAGAACCGAGUCAACAGUAUGAUGCAGCAGCAGAUGCAGGAGAAGCAGCGACGGUGGGAAGAAGACUACACUGCAGUCAGUGAGACGCUGUAUUUAGCCAGCAACUUAAUCUCUAACGUGGAAGACACUGCCGGUGAAAUAAGUUCUAUGGUCCAGAAUGUGACCGCUGUCUAUGCUGCUCUUGAUGGAGCCACUGAUCAGCUGAAGGAGAAGACUGUACGGCUUUCACUGGCAGACGAUGACUUGGUCCGGAAAGCUGUGGAGCAUGCAGAGGACCUAGAAGACCAAGCCUACAAACUAGAGGAGGGUCUGAGAGAAAGUGAUGCUAAUGGCUUUGUUCAGAAAGCAAUCAGCGCUGCCAACGUCUACAGCAACAUUCUGAAGUACAUCAACGACGCCAACAUUACUUCCCUGACCACACUGCACUCUGCUCUGAGGACUGAAGAUGCUGUAAAUGCAGUCGACCUGCAGCUGGGGAACCUGGUUACCCAGAGUGACCACGUGUUCAAGGAGUCAGUCACACUACAUUCUGAACAAAAAGAUAUAGAAGCCGAAGUCAAGGAUGGUCUCAAGUACAUUGAGGAAACUAGAGAAACGACAGAAAUUAACAACAAGAAACUAUCCGAAAUUUUGACAGAUAUACAGGGAAUUCAAGGAGGUAGAACAUCUCAAAGACUGCAGUUCAGCAUUAAUGUGUCAGAGGAGACCCUGAACCGUUCCACAGAAGUUCUUCAGACAAUCACUCCUAUCAGCAACAAGGUGCAGAAAUGGAUCACCAACCUGCACAACAAUGAAUACUCCUCUUCUGCUUUUGACCAGGUGGUGGCCUCUGCUGGAGAAACAGUGGCCAACCUCAAUGUUCUUGUCCCUGAGCUGCUGACCAAGCUGAAGGUUGUCGAGGAGAAGAAGGCUGUCAACAACGCGACCACCAAGAUUAUGAGGAUAAGAGAGCUGAUUGCGCAGGCCAGGAGUGUGGCUAAGAAAGUCCAAGUGUCCAUGAAGUUUAAUGGUCAGUCAUCAGUGGAGGUCCAUCCCCAUUACAACCUGGAAGACCUGAAGACAAUGACCACCAUCAGUCUUUUUCUGAGGGUGGAUCCUGACAAAGACCCCAUUGAGGACAGAUUCAUCCUUUAUCUGGGAGACAAAAAUGGCAGGAAAGAUUAUAUGGGUCUGGCCAUCAAGAAUGACAACCUUGUGUUCAUGUACAACCUCGGCGGAGAAGAUGUGGAAAUUUACCUGAGCUCCAAGCCAGUCAGCCAGUGGCCAGCUGUCUUCAACUACAUCAAAGUGGAAAGGCUGGGAAGACAUGGCAAAGUGUACCUGACCAUUCCCAGCCAAGGCACCACAUAUGAGCAGAAGUUCAUUCAGAAAGGUGAAGCUGUGGGCACAGACUCUCUGUUUGACGCUGACCCGAAAGACUUGGUGUUCUUUGUCGGAGGCGUCCCACCAGACAUGAAACUGCCUCCUCCACUAAGUCUUGCACCUUUUGUUGGCUGCCUGGAACUGGCCGCUCUGAACAACGACGUCAUCAGCCUCUACAAUUUCAAAAAAACACUCAAAAUGGAUGUUGUGGCAUCUCCACCGUGUCCCAGGUACAAACUUGCCUUUUCAGAGAGCCGAAUUGCCAGCUACCUGUUUGAUGGAAGCGGCUAUGCACUCAUCAAUAACAUGGAGCGGCGGGGCAAGUUUGGAGUUGUUACAAGAUUUGACAUCUCAGUACGGACAGUUGCUAAUAAUGGUGUUUUAUUCCUUAUGGUCCAUGAGGAAAAAUUCUUCCUCUUGGAGAUGAUCAAUGGUUUCCUGCGCAUAUUUUAUGACUUUGGCUUCAAAAAUGGACCAAAUCUUUUGGAAAACAACUUGCCAAAGCUACAGAUCAAUGAUGCCCGAUACCACGAGGUGUCAGUCAUCUACCAUCAGUCAAAGAAGGUGAUUCUUCUGGUAGACAAGACUCAUGUCAAAUCCAUGGAAAAUGCCAAAGCCUCUUUGCCCUUCUCAGAUAUCUAUAUUGGAGGGGCUCCGUCCCACAUACUCAAAUCCAGGCCAGAACUACAGUCUGUGGUUGGUCUAAAAGGCUGUGUCAGAGGAUUCCAGUUCCAGAAAAAAGACUUCAACUUACUGGAGGAACCUGGAACCAUCGGCAUCAGUAGUGGCUGUCCAGAGGAGUCUUUUAUGUCUCGGAAAGCGUAUUUCACUGGAGAGAGCUACUUGGGAUCUACAGCGAAGAUUAGUCCCUUUGACAACUUCGAAGUGGGACUCAACUUCAGAACACUGCAGCCCAAUGGACUUCUGUUCUACCACAGCAAAGAGACUGAUGAGUUCAUCAUUUCUCUGGAGAAUGGAGCAGUGGUUCUCAACACCAGAGGAACUAGAGUCAAAUCACACAAGAAGCAUUACAAUGAUGGACAGCUCCACUUCCUAGUGACAAAGAUCAACAGUACAAAGUAUGCACUAGUAGUGGAUGACAAAGACAAGCAGGACAAAAAACGUCCAGCAUCAGCAGCUGUGUCGUCUUCAGGAUCUUCAGAAGAAUACUUCUACUAUGGUGGAUCUCCGACCAGCAGUUUGAAGAACUUGACAGGGUGCAUCAGUUACGCCUACCUCAGCAGACUAGGAAGAGACAUAGAGCCUGAGGACUUCCAGCGCUACACAGAGAAAGUCCAAACCUCCUUGCAGGACUGUCCCCUGCAUCCACCUGCAGUGGCACUGAAUUUGGGACAAAGAGGGUCACAGAGGAAGAACAGGGACAAGGCCAGCCUGCCUGUGGAAGGUCUCCAGAGUGACGACCCUGAGCAGAAAGACAGGGCGCUUACUCCUUGCUUCCAUUCCUCACAUCCAAAAGCAGCCCAGCCAUCCUUUUAUUUUAGUGGUUUCAGCAACAGCAGGCAGCACUACUCUGAUCUCCCAGACUCAUCGGACCCUCACAGGUUCCAUUUGUCUCUAUCCUUGAAGACACACUCAUCUUCUGGACUUGUCUUUUACAUCUCUGAUAUCCAUGGGGAAAACAUUAUGUCCCUCAUUCUGGAACAUGGUGAGCUGUUGCUCAUGUUCACUGUGGGAAAUCACACAGUCAAAAUCAGAAGCACAGAGAAGUACAACGAUGCUGCAUGGCACAGUGUUGAUUGCAUUCGUGAUGGACAAAGAGGUAGAUUGAUACUGGAUGGGCAGUUGGUGCUGGAAGAUCAGGCUCCAGGAGGUGACACAUCUGGGCACGUCUUUGCCAUGCUCUAUGUUGGAGGACUUCCACCAGAGAAGUCGCUGAGAUAUAUGCAGAAAAACUCAGCUCGCAGCUUCGUUGGAUGUUUAAAGAAUCUUCAACUGGAUGGACGCUUACUAUCUGCAUCUGAGGUGUUUGGAGUCACCCCAUGUUUUGAUGGAGUGUCAGAAAAAGGAACUUUCUUUUCAGAAGAGGGAGGUUUCGUCAUGUUAAACGAAACGAUGCACCUGGGACAGAGUUUUCAACUGCAAGUAGAAGUGCGUCCCCGUGUGGCAUCUGGGCUGAUACUGCAUGUCCAGCAGACCCAUACUUAUUUCACCGUCUACAUUCAUCAAGGAUCAGUGUGGCUGGCUGUCAAAGAUGAAAGUCAUGAGUUAGUCACCAAAGUGUCUCCUCUCCACGCUCCAUGUGAUGGACACUGGCACAAAAUCACUGUAACCACAGACGCUGACAUGCUGCUGCUGGAUGUGGACUCGGAGGUCAGUCAAGUGGAAGCUCCUCUGAUCAUCAAAUCAAUGGCCAACACUGUCCUAUUUGUGGGUGGAGUGCCAGAUCAUUUCCCUCCGAAAGAUUUUGUCACCAUGAACCCCUUCGUGGGCUGCAUGAGGAACCUCCAUUUUAACAAGAGCCAUGUGAGCUUCAACAGAGCUGCUUUGGUCAGCGGAGCAGUCAGAGUGGGUGCCUGUCCGGCAGAGUGACAUCACAUGCAUCUCUUCAUUCAAGUUCCUUCUCUACUUUCCUGUACGACUUAAAUCAUUUAUAGAUUUGAAUGUUAUCAUUAGGGAUGCUCCAAUACAGUUGUUUUCUCAAA